UGGGGUGUGGUGUAGUAGUAGGCGAUAUUUCUAAAGCAGUCCAGAUAGGCUAGAUUCUGUUGCAGUUUUCACAGUUUGUGUUUCAGUAGCCUAUAGAGAUCAGAUCCUUUAAAAAUGACUUUGGAAAUUUACUUGGAUCUUUUUUCGCAGCCUUGUCGUUCUGUUUACAUCUUUGCCAAGAAAAACAACAUCCAGUUCGACUACAAGAAGAUUGCGUUGUUUGACGGUGAGCAAUAUACUGAAGAGUUUGGGAAAGUCAGCAUGAUAAGAAAGUUACCAGCAAUCAGAGAUGGAGACUUUUGCUUGGCUGAGAGUAUUGCAAUUCUGGUGUACCUGGCCGAGAAGUUCCACACUCCGGACCACUGGUACCCAGCCGACUUGCAGAAGCGUGCCAAAGUAAAUGAAUAUCUGUCAUGGCAACACUCUGCCAUACGUAUACAUGGAUCCAAGAUGCUCUGGUUCAGGGUGCUGAUUCCAGCUAUGGGAGUAGAGAUUCCUAAAGAAAAGAUGGACACUGCAAUAGAGGAUCUUAAUGCAUCACUGAAUCUUGUUGAGCAGAACUUUCUUCAAGACAAACCAUUCAUUGGUGGUGAUCAGAUCUCACUGGCCGAUCUUGUUGCUAUUGUGGAAAUCAUGCAGCCUGUAGGUGCUGGUCUGGAUGUGUUUGAGGACAGACCCAAGCUCAGGGCAUGGAAAGACAGAGUCAGAGAAGCAAUUGGGGCUGAGCUGUUUGAUGAGGCCCACCAGGACAUCCUCUCUGCACAGGAGGUGGUAAAAACCAUGGAACCCGGCAAGAUGGAGCCAUUUAAACCCAAAAUUUUAAAAUAUUUCCUCUCAUAAACAAACUGGAAAUACACAUUGUUGUUUAAAAUAGCCAGUUAUUCAAAGUGUUCCCUAUAAUUGUAAUACAUCUAAUAAUGUUCUCAUUUAUUCCAUUCCAUGUAAGCAUUUUGUGUAACCACUAAGAAUAAAAUUAAUUCAAAAUUGAA